GCAAGAAACGCCUGUGGUGUAUGCCCUUUGUUGUAGUUAAUGCGCUUCAGUGGGCAGAGAGGGUGGCAUAUUCCCCCAAAAUAGUGUGGCACUCGCAAUAAAAGAAAACAAACAACAACAAUUCAGGCAGACAAAUUGAAAUGCAGUCUGAAGCAUAUCAAAAUGGCAUUGUUAGUGGUAUCUACUGAAAUUUACCGGAGUAGCAUUUUCUUUUACUUAUUUGCUUGUGCUUAUACAUAUAUAUGUAGUUAACACAUUCGCAGGUUCCUAACUACUAAACCGCAAGUGACUGAAGAAAUACAUAAUUGCAAGCCAAAGAAGAAAUGCAAUAAAUAUUCAAUAAACAAAUUGGAUAAUCGCGCAUUUGGACAAAAAGUAUACAGAGACCAACAGAUAACAGAUUAUCCCCGACAAAGCGUCAGCAGGGCAAGUUCUCAUUUGUUUUCAUUGAUAAGACAUCCAAAUUCAUAAAAACAAGAUUUCACUUGCUACAAAGUCAAUAAACAUCAAUCGCAAAAACAGUUGUAUGGAGAGCCUUGGUUAAUUAGCAUCGACAAAGAGUAGCAAGUUACCAUACAAGCACAGUAUAUAUGUGCAUAAAUGUAAAGACAAGAUUUGCUGGCGUACGUGAUUCCAAUACAUAGCAUAAAAAAGUAGGCAAUAAUUUCAAAAUCGCCAACAUAAACAGAGCAUUCGUCCACGAUGACAAGUGCUUUGGGUCGUUUGCGUUUAAUCACCUUUGAUGUCACCAAUACAUUACUCCAGUUUCGUACAAGUCCUGGCAAGCAAUAUGGAGAAAUUGGUGCACUCUUCGGUGUACUUUGUGACAAUGAUGAACUUGCAAGAAAUUUUAAGACAAAUUGGUAUCUCAUGAAUAGAAAAUAUCCCAACUUUGGACGAAAUUCAAGUAUUGGCUGGCAGCAGUGGUGGCAUCAACUUAUUGGUGCCACUUUUGCUGACAGCGGUUCCUUGAUCCCCGAGGAGAAAUUAGGCAAUUUGGCCAAUCAUCUGCUGGAGCUUUAUAAGACUAGUCUUUGUUGGCAAAAUUGCAACGGCAGCAUCGACUUACUCAACUAUUUGCGCCUGCAACAACAACUCGCACCCACCAACCAUAGCGAUAAUGAAGUUGGAAAUAAUCAGAGCAAUAAUAAAUCGCCAAUUUCUCUUGGGGUCAUUGCAAAUUUUGAUCCGCGCUUGGACAUUUUAUUGCGUAAUCUCAAAAUUCAACAUUAUUUUGAUUUUGCAAUCAAUUCUUAUGAUAGUAACGUUGAGAAACCAAACCCAGAAAUAUUUCAUUUUGCUAUGCGCCUGUCUGAGUUGAAAGAUUUAAAACCUGAAGAAUGCUUACAUAUCGGCGAUGGACCCACUACCGAUUACUUAGCAGCGAAAAAUGUUGGCUGGAAUUCCGCACUGAUACAUGAGAAGAAUGCUAGCUUACUAAUCGGAAAAUAUGGCGAUCAAGUUGAGGAGCAUUUCGUUUUCCCCAGUUUAUAUGAUUUUCAUAAAAAGUUUUCAAAUAAUUCAAUAAAGUGGUGAAACAUUUUAAUUUUA